GGGGACUCGGGUCAUUUGACAGCAUAGCUGACAGGUAGUAGAGAGGAAGGUGAAACAAAGAGAGAGAGAGAGAGAGAGAAAUUGCCUAUAUAUUUUUUUUUAUCUUAUUCAUAUUCUUUCACUGGAACGAAAUCGAAACAACUGUUACUUACAUGCUGUAAAAAAGGCGCCCAUGUUCACCCCCCUCCUCCCACACUCUCAUUCGUUAGACUUGUCCGACCCCUACUGGUGAUAUGAGACAAUUACAAACAUUUUUUGCAGGUUACAAAACACACACACACACGUGUGUUUUGUAACUCUGAAACAGCUGGUGUUUAGUAACCGGCGGAGAAGAGCAACUGGACGACUGGAUGGCUCGGCAUUAAGCUGUGUAUUGCACUAUUUGAAAAAAAUAACUCGUACGGCAUUUGACAUAAUAUAACGUCACCUUUCGCUUGGAAGAUGCCUCGGCCGGUGGUCGACGCCGACGACAGUAAAGCGUCGGUGAGGAAGUGGUUGAGAGAGGUGCUGGCGGGUCGAGAGGAUCCGGAGGGGUUCUUCGCGAUGUGCGUCUCGGUCCUGGGUCACCAGGAGACCCGCUCCCAGUUCCAGUCCCUCAUCCAGCCCCUGUCCGCGGCCAACCGCUCCCUGCACGCCGCACUCACCUCCGUCUACCAGGGAUAUUUCCAUAAGACUGAAGAUGAUGAACUGGAACUUGCACUGGCUCUGUCUACACUGGAAAUGAAAGAUCACCAGCUGUCAACCCCUGGCACAGAAUCCAGACUUCAGCAGCCUGGAGACACACCGAGUCAAAGCAGUUCUGUUCAUCUGAACUCAGUAUCUCAGCCACAGGGAAGCAGCCACACCCAGCAAGCAGAUGUACGUGGCCAGAGGAAAAAAAAACACUUAGCUCAAACGGGACCCUGGGGCAUGGUGUGCCCACCACAGAUAACCCAAGAGACUGAACUGCAGAAAAGCACAAAUGUUGACAAAGGUGGUAAAGGGACAACAGGGACUAGUCAAUCUGCAUAUGUUUCUAGACCACCUGCCUCAUUUUCCACACAAAAGACGGUUUUAAAAAGCGACCAAACCAUGGAAGAGGGAGAUUUGAAUCGAACAGAGAAACCAAAACGCUCCCGGAACAGGCGAAAGCGCCGUGAAGGGGGUGGCCAGCAGGUUGUAGGUUUGCCCAGCUCUCCAUCAGCACCGUCACCCGUUUUACUGUGGUUUAGGAGAGACUUGCGACUGUGUGACAACCCGGCUCUGAUUGGCUCAUUGGAGGUCGGGGCACCUGUCAUUCCUGUUUUCAUAUGGAGCCCCGAGGAAGAGGAGGGACCAGGGAUCACUGUGGCUAUGGGGGGAGCUUGCAAAUACUGGCUUCAUCAAGCUUUAUCUUGUUUCCGUUCGUCUCUGGAGUGCAUUGGCAGCCAUCUUAUUUUUCUCAAGGCAAAUGGAGAGGGGCAUGGGGUGGGAUCUUCCCUGCAUACCCUCAGGGAGCUGAUAAAGGAGACGGGGGCGAGAACAGUGCUGGCUAAUGCCCUGUAUGAGCCCUGGUUAAAGGAGAGGGACGACGUGGUGGUGUCAGCUCUGCAGGAAGUUGGUGUUCAGUGCAAGGUGUUCCACUCUUACUGUCUCAGAGACCCUUACUCUGUCAGCACGGAGGGUGUGGGGCUCAGAGGUAUAGGUUCAGUGUCUCACUUCAUGAGCUGCUGUAGACAGAAUCCAGGGUCUGCGUUAGGGGUUCCCCUGGAGCCUCCCGGAUCUCUCCCCACACCUGCCCACUGGCCCCAGGGUGUCUGUUUGGACAAUCUAGAGCUGGCUCGAAUGCCCCGAAGGAAGGAUGGUACAAUGGUUGACUGGGCAUUUAACAUUCGUAAAUCCUGGGAUUUCAGUGAAGAAGGAGCACAUGCCCGGCUAGAGGCCUUUCUACAUGAUGGUGUGUAUAGGUAUGAAAAAGAGUCAGGGAGGGCAGAUGCUCCAAACACCAGCUCUCUGUCUCCCUACCUUCACUUUGGUCAGCUCAGCCCACGCUGGCUGCUGUGGGAUGCCAAGGGGGCGCGCUGUCGACCCCCAAAGUUCCAACGGAAACUGGCCUGGAGAGAUUUGGCCUACUGGCAGUUGACACUGUUUCCUGACCUCCCCUGGGAAUCCCUCAGACCUCCAUACAAGAAUCUGCGGUGGAGCAAUGAUCGAGGCCACCUGAAGGCCUGGCAACGUGGUCGAACAGGCUACCCUCUUGUGGACGCAGCCAUGAGGCAGCUAUGGCUGACCGGCUGGAUGAACAACUACAUGAGACAUGUGGUGGCAUCUUUCCUCAUAGCGUAUCUCCAUCUGCCAUGGCAAGAUGGUUACCGCUGGUUCCAGGACACCCUGUUGGAUGCAGAUGUUGCCAUAGAUGCUAUGAUGUGGCAGAAUGGGGGCAUGUGUGGCCUGGACCACUGGAACUUCGUCAUGCAUCCCACAGAUGCUGCAAUGACGUGUGACCCCUACGGCAGCUAUGUAAGGAAGUGGUGUCCUGAACUUGCAGAUCUUCCUGAUGAGCUCAUUCAUAAACCCUGGAAAUGCCCUGCGUCUAUGCUUCGACGUGCAGGUGUGGUAUUCGGCCAGACAUAUCCUGAUCGAAUAAUUACAGACCUAGAGGAACGAAGAAGUCGUUCUCUGCAAGAUGUAGCACUGGUGCGCAAAGAGUUUGGACAGUUUGUGGACAAGCGCACAGGCUGUGACUUGGUGCCUCUGCCCCCACGUCUUGUCUCAGAGGCCCUGGGCUCAUCACACAGGAAUGGUGGUGUGGCAGCAGAAGCGAAGCAGUUCCUGUUGCCUGUCAUCACCCGCAUGGAGUUCAAGCACCAACUAGAAGAUCCAGAUGCAGACGCCGCCUCAAACCCCUACAAUGCUGUUCUAAAGGGGUAUGUGAGCCGCAAAAGGGAUGAGACCAUUGCCUUCCUUAAUGAGAGAGACUUCACUGCCAGUGUGAUGUAUGAGGGAACACAGAGAAAGGAAAGGCUGGAGAGCGACUAUCGCAGAAUGGAGGGACUCCCUACGCCUCCUGCACCUCAGGGAAGAGCAAGGCGAACUCCAAAAGCCAAGGACAAGUUCUCUUUAGUGCCUGGUGGGGUGGUCACUUCACUAAGAUGACCCAGAGAUCAGGCGAUACAGACGUGGAGUUUACAGGUUUCAAGAAACCAGACAGUUACUAGGCUUAACAUGCAAAUGUAAAAAAUGUUACAGAAAAUCGUCUUUAAGUACAAAGACAUUGGUUUACGUUGAGACUGAUGACUCAAAGUUUUGUGAUUGGGUUUUAACAUUUUGCAAUGGAUUGAGCAAUGGUAUUAUACCAUCUUAUGUGAAAAACAUUGGUUUCCGUUAGCCAAUAUACUUGAUACUUUGGGAAAUAAAGAAUGAGAGAAGUAUCAAAUGUGUAAGGAACUGUUUAUUUUCUAUUGUACAGGUCCCAUGUCUACAAUGUUUCCGUCAUACAUGCGAUGUAGACCAACAUAAUUAAUAAUACCAUAAAGACCAAAGUGCUUCUUUUAAAGUCUAACAAUGCCCUAGAACAGAAAUUCAAGUUUAAGUUUUGACUAAAAUGCUUGGAAACUGUUCUAUUGACUGUUAGUCUCAGUCUCUUCUGUUUGGGGCUGCAAGAACUCAACACUGAAUUUUCAGUCAGUGCAGACUGGCAGGUCCCCGUGAGUCAGUCUUUAACAGUAGAUAAUGGAUUCCUAACAGCUCUACAACAUUGGCAGGUCAGAGAACUGGAGGUCUUGAGCUCCACUGGUGGAUGCUAAGCAGAGCGUUGUUCCUGACACAGGCACAUCUUGUGCAUCUCCCUGCCAGCGGUGUUUGAAAAGGAGAUAGGGAGCAUAGCACUUAAAAGGGUGUUAGGUUAGUCCUCAAUGGAGCGGAUGUAUCUCUCGUAGGCG